UCCCCGCCCCACCCCGGGUCCCUGGAGGCUCCGUGCUGCCGGAGCGGGAGGUGGAGCCGAGCCCGCGGCCGCCUAGCAGGAGGGAAAGUUCGGCGGCGGGAGCAGCGGGAGCCGGGCUCGGCUGUCCGGAGGGCGGCUUCGGGGACAGCAACUGGACAUCUUUAAAGCAGGGAGUGAAUUCCUGCCAUGGAGGGAUGUUGCGAGGUAUUAAGUAAAUGGCAUGUUAACAUAAAUCAAUACAACUUUAUUUGAAGAGAUCGUAAAACGUCAAAAUAUGGAAAUCCAAAUGAAUGCAAGGAGGGGGAGGUACUUUCUCUCCGGACCCUGACUUGGAAGCAGAGAGGCACUCCAGCACCCUCGCAGCCCAGAAGCAGAUGCGCAAGUGGGAGCAGCUGUGCGCGUUUCUUUCUGGCGAGACUCUUUUUCCAUUUCAAGGAGAGAAGCCAAGAUCAUUUUUACCCAGCGGAGGGAUGAUGUAGUACUUGUACUUACCGGUCUUUGCGAUAUUAGGAAGGCUAUGAUGGGAAGGCAUGGAAGAACUUGGAGGUUCCCUUUAACUCGCUGCUUCUGCCUGGACGAUCUUCCCUUGGAAGCAAGAGAGCUGUCUCCCGUGGUGGUUGACUUCCAAAGGCAGGCUUGCCUCUAGAAGGAAAUGGAUGAAAUCUGCCCAGGGGCUCCUGUGGUCUAGUCCGGGGAAAGCUUUGCGUGGGAGCGCUGGGAUGCUGCGGGAACUGGAUGCAUGGCCUGCACCUGAGUGAGGAUGGUUCGUCGCGGGAUGCUGGGGUGGAUUUCUCGCGUGGUGGUUCUGCUGGUGCUGCUUUGCUGCGCCAUCUCGGUUCUCUACAUGUUGGCCUGCACCCCAAGAGGCAACGAGGAGCAGCUGGGGCUGCCCCGGGCCAAUGGCCCCACGGGGAAAGAGGGCUACCAGGCUGUGCUGCAGGAGCGCGAGGAGCAGCAUCGCAACUACGUGAGCAGCCUCAAGCGGCAGAUCGCACAGCUCAAGGAUGAGCUGCAGGCGCGCAGUGAGCAGCUCCGCAGCGGGCAGGACCAGGCCAGCGAUGCUGCAGGCCUGCGACCCGCCUGGGGUCCCAUGCCCAAAGCCCAGGCAGACCUGCUGGCCUUCCUGCGUGGGCAAGUGGACAAAGCCGAGGUGCACGCGGGUGUCAAACUGGCCACCGAGUAUGCGGCUGUGCCUUUCGAUAGCUUCACCUUGCAGAAGGUGUACCAACUGGAAACAGGCCUAACCCGCCACCCCGAGGAGAAGCCAGUGAGGAAGGACAAACGUGAUGAGUUGGUGGAGGCUAUUGAAUCCGCCUUGGAGAGUCUGAACAGUCCUGCAGAGAGCAGCCCAAAUCAGCGUCCUUACACCGCCUCCGACUUCAUAGAAGGCAUCUACCGAACAGAAAAGGAUAAAGGUACUUUGUAUGAGCUCACCUUCAAAGGGGACCACAAGCACGAGUUCAAACGGCUCGUCCUAUUUCGACCCUUUGGCCCUAUCAUGAAAGUAAAAAGGGAAAAACUCAACAUGGCCAACACUCUUAUCAACGUUAUCGUGCCCCUAGCGAGGAGGGCGGACAAGUUCCGGCAGUUCAUGCGGAACUUCAGGGAGAUGUGUAUUCAACAGGAUGGGAGAGUUCAUCUCACUGUGGUUUACUUCGGGAAAGAAGAAAUGAAUGAAGUCAAAGGAAUACUCGAAAAUACUUCCAAAGCUGCCAACUUCAGGAACUUUACCUUCAUCCAGCUGAAUGGAGAAUUUUCCCGGGGAAAGGGACUGGAUGUCGGAGCCCGCUUCUGGAAGGGGAGCAAUGUCCUUCUCUUUUUCUGUGAUGUUGACAUCUACUUCACCUCUGAGUUCCUCAACACGUGCAGGCUGAACACACAGCCAGGGAAGAAGGUAUUUUAUCCAGUUCUGUUCAGUCAGUACAACCCUGGCAUAAUCUAUGGCCAUCACGAGGCAAUCCCUCCCCUUGAACAGCAGCUGGUCAUAAAGAAGGAAACUGGAUUUUGGAGAGACUUUGGAUUUGGGAUGACUUGUCAGUAUCGGUCAGACUUCAUCAACAUAGGUGGCUUUGACCUGGACAUCAAGGGCUGGGGCGGAGAGGAUGUGCACCUGUACCGAAAGUACCUCCAUAGCAACCUCAUUGUGGUACGCACGCCCGUGCGGGGUCUCUUCCAUCUCUGGCAUGAGAAGCACUGUAUGGACGAGCUGACCCCCGAGCAGUACAAAAUGUGCAUGCAGUCCAAGGCCAUGAAUGAAGCAUCCCAUGGGCAACUGGGGAUGCUUGUCUUCCGGCACGAGAUAGAGGCUCACCUUCGCAAACAGAAACAGAAGAUAAGCAGCAAAAAAUCAUGAACUCCCAGGCAUGAAUUUGGGGAGAGAUUUUUUUUUUCGCCUUUUGCAAUUACUGAAAAAGUGAAUGCAACAAGGAAUAGACUUCAUAAAGGGCAGAAAAAGGAAUCUGGCUGAUGAGGAGAAGAGAUGAGAAGGGACGGAGAGCCUCCAGCUUCUAGCUGGCUCUGUGCAAGGAGAAUGAAGACCUCUACUUUGCCUGCAAAUGGAGCCCGGAUGCACCUGGAGCUGAAUGAGGAAGGCAGAAUGGUGCGGGGGUGACAAGGUGGCUGGCAAUGGCUCUGACUGUGUUUACAACAAACUGAGCUCUGUGGUCUCUGCUUUCAGAAAUAUUCAUGACUUCAGACCAGUUUUGUAAAAAGUUCAUUAGAAUGAGAGGCAAGCACUUUGCUUCUCCUCCUAGGAAUGGUUAUGUCAGAAGGCUCUGAUGUCCAGGAAUGCUAAAAUCUCAGAAGACGGCAGAGGACCCCUGCAAAGUGUGCAGGUCUGACAUCAGGGUCCUCAUGGGGACAGUAAGCCGAAUCAAAGGGAUCAAGAAAACAAACCAUAAAUAAUUGUGCCAUUUCCCCCAAGUGUAACCAAAAAUUAACCUUCUCUUCUUGGGUUACCUUUUAACAUCUCUAUUCAUUUAAAAAAAUGCACUUUUUUUUUUUUUGCUUGUAUGACUUUUUGCUUAUUUAAUUAUUGGUUCGCAGGCCUUAGUAAGAAUAGAAGAUAACAUAUAUGUUUUAUGUUUUUAAAGAUUUUUUUUUCUCUUUCUGUUGUUUUCUGAGAUGGUCUUGCCAUAGAGCAAAGGCUGGCCUUGAACUUGUAAUCCUCCUGCCUCAGUCUCUUGAGCGCUGAGAUGCUGAGAUUCUGAGAUUACAGGUGUGCAUCCCCUCAACUGGUGGAGAAGAUAAUUUGAGUGGUGUUAAGAGAACUCUGUUCCAAGCAUCUGAUUGACAGUGCUUUGGAGGACUUACCUCAUUAGGAUGUAUCCCUCCUUGAGACACAGGUAAAGCUAUGUGUGGAGCUACAGAGAGAAAGAGGUAUAUUAAGAAUCAUUUUUUCUGAAGAACGUGUUCAAAGAGGAGCAACCAAACACUGGAGAAAAGGAAAAGACACUUUCAUCUUAACAGAAAAGGAAACUCAUAGUACCUUGGUAUAUUUAAUAUAAAAUAUAUUUUGUCCUCCAGAGAAAUGGGGACCACUUUCUUACCUGUUUAAAUAAACCAAAGUUAUGAACUAAACAAUCACUUUUCAAAGCAGGGUGCUCUUCCUGUCUUCUGACUUCCAUAGGGAAAAAAUGUAGAAAAAUAUAUAUUUUGUGAAAGAUCAGUCCAUCAAUCCUAGGAGACAAAAGAUUUGGCUACAUGCUCACUCACUCCAAGCUAUGUAGAAGUAACUUAAUUAUUUUUUAAAUUAAGCACUGCUACUCAGUUGCCAAGAUGCUUCUGAAACUUGCAUUUUAUUACACUUUCAAACUGUUUUUAAAAAAUAAAUAUGGUUAACAUUGAA